UUCGCUCGCACGCCCGCCCGCCCGCGCGCCCGCCCAGCCGCUCCGCCUCGCACUCGACCGAACGCGAGCGCACAGACGCGUCUCCGGACUGUGCGCUCCCGUGAGCUUCUGUCAUUCCUCCCUCUCCACUCCGUCAUCUCUCACGCAGGAUCGCGCUCUCCGAUUUAACUGAAGUAGUUGCCACUGAAUAAAAGACACUCCGCGUGGGAGCGAACCGGUGCGCUUUUGGAAACGGGAGAUUUCGCUGUUUGGAUGCGUUCAGCCUUGGAUUUGAUUCGCACAUCACGCUUGUUUCUUCUGUCCAGGAUGGGUUUUGUCGCGCUGGUGCUUCUGUGCGCUCUCACCGGGCUGGUGUUAGGGGACGGUAAGCCCAAGACAUGCUCGGACAUCAGAGAGUUUUACAACAGCAAGGGUUUCAAUCUGAACGGAGUCCCGCAAUCCGAAAUAUCCGGUGAGCACCUCCGCGUGUGUGCUCAGGGCUACACCUGCUGCACGUCUGGGAUGGAGGAGAAUCUCCUGAACCUCAGCAGACGAGAGUUUGAGUCGCAGGUGAAGGAAUCUGGACGCUCAUUACAGGCCAAGCUCAACGGACAGUUCAAGAGCUUCGACGACUAUUUCUUGGAGCUGUUGAACCGCUCUGAAGCUUCCCUCCAAACCUCCUUCCAGUCUGGGUUUGGAUUUCUCUUCUCCCAGAUGUCGAAGGUGUUUCAGGAUCUGUACUCAGAUCUUCGCCGCUAUUUCAGAGGGUCCAACGUCAACCUGGAGGAGGCGCUGAAUGAAUUCUGGGCUCGUCUGCUGGACAGACUCUUCAAAGCAUUAAACCCGCAGUACAUUAUUGGAGAGGAGUAUCUGGAGUGUGUAGCCAAACAAUCCGAAAAGCUCAAACCAUUUGGAGAAACGCCCAGAGAGCUCAAGACCAAAAUCACACGCACCGUUAUUGCAGCCCGAACGUUUGCGCAGGGACUGGUGAUCAGCGGAGAAGCGGUGCGGAAGGUUUCACAGGUUUCUCUGAGCACUGAAUGUGUGCGUGCUGUCAUGAAGCAGACGUACUGUCCUCACUGUAGUGGCGUGACCUUCGCCAAACCCUGCUCAAACUACUGUCGAAAUGUCAUGAAGGGCUGCCUCGCCAAUCAAGCAGACCUGGACACUGAGUGGAGGAACCUUGCAGAUGCAAUGUUGGAGGUAGUCGACAAACUGAGUCGGCCUUAUAGUGUGGAUUCAGUGGUUCUUUCCCUGCCAAAACGCAUCGCUGAAGCUAUUCUCUACAUGCAAGACAACCAAGACACAUUCAUUACCAAGGUGUUUAUUUCGUGCGGCACUCCUGCUCCAGGCUCCAACAUUCAGGAGCAGAUCAAGCGAGGGAGAAACACAGCAGAAGAAGUAAGCAGCACUCCAGGAGCCCAGCUGGAGAGACUGUUAUCCGACGUGUCAAGAAUGCUGAGGGAUAUGAUGCAGUACUGGGUUCAUUUGCCCAGGAAACUGUGUGUGGAUCGUGAGUCUGGACCAGGUGAAUCAGACAGAUGCUGGAACGGAAUGAGUGUGGGCAGGUAUCUUCCAGAAGUGAUGGGAGAUGGUUUGGCCAGUCAGAUCAAUAAUCCUGAGGUGGAGAUCGACAUCACCAAACCAGACAUGGCUGUGCGCAAACAGAUCAUGCAGCUUAAGAUAAUGAUCAACCGACUGAAGUAUGCUGUCAAUGGAAAUGAUGUGGACUUCCAGGACACCAGUGAUGACAUAAGCGGUUCAGGAAGCGGAAUGUGUCUCGACGAUCAAUGUUCCCGCGGCCCGCGUUUAAUGUCCCCGAACACGGACAAACCCAACGUGUACGCCUAUCCGCCAGAGAACAAGAAGGUGGUGAACGGAAGAAGCAGUCAGAACCUUCCCUGCAUCAGCUUCUACCUUCUCUCAUUGGUCACAGUCUUGCUUAGGCGAUAAUUGACAGGCAUUUGCACCAACAGGGACUGAGCACAGGACUGGGUUGGAUUGUGGAGGGGCGGGGUUUAGUCACAUUGCCAAAAUGAAUGCAAACAUCAACGGAAAACAACAAAUGCAUCACUUUUUUUCCCGUUUUGAAUAAGAACACCAUGGAAUAUUCUUAGAGCUGUGUAUUUUUGUCUCUUAUUUGAUAUAUGACACCCCUAGAGCUGGUCUUUUGCUUGUCUUUAUGUCUGUGGUGAAAAAGGUCUCCGAGAAUGCUCUCUAACAAUAGAUAAAAAAACAAAAAAAAUCCACCCCAACAAACAAAAACAGUUCUAUUUUCUCAUUCAGAAAUCAUUUUAGAUUAUAUUUAUUUAUUAAUUAACACCCAUGAAGAUAGC